GUGGCGCCAGUAAGGGCGGAAGCAGUGUGGCUGGGGUCAGUGGUGGGGUUCCAUCCCCGCUGGGCUGCCGCCCUCGCUGGGCUGCCACAAUGGAACUCAGUGCCGAGUACCUCCGGGAGAAGCUGCAGCGGGACCUGGAAGCGGAGCACGUGGAAGUGGAGGACACGACUCCCAACCGUUGUGCGUCCAGCUUCCGAGUCCUUGUGGUGUCGGCCAAGUUCGAGGGGAAACCGCUGCUUCAGAGACACCGGCUUGUGAACACUUGCCUAGCCGAAGAGCUCCUGCACAUUCACGCUUUUGAGCAGAAAACCCUGACCCCAGAGCAGUGGGCCCGUGAGCAGCAGAAAUAAGGGACGCGGACCUGCACACCCAUUAAAUGAUGAAUCAGGGCCA